AUCAUUUAGAUUUUUGGUAGAUAAAUUCAUAUUGCUUACUGUUUCCUUUGUUUCAAAAUUCUCAAAGCUUUUUGUUUCAAUGAAUUCUUUGCUGGGCCUUCUCUCAUUUUGGCCAUUUGGUCUUUCAAUUUUUUUAACUCUUUUUCUAAUCUGUUUAUUUUUUGUUCCACUGAUUCGGCUCGUUCGUCUACCUUUGAACGACAAGAAAACAGUUGUACCCUUCAAAUACAAAAUUUAAAAUUUAUAAUUGUAUUUACCCCUUUUAUAACAGUAGACAUAUCCGGAGGGGGAGCCUUAUCUUUGGUUUUUCCAAAUAUACGAUUCAUUUCUGUGGCUUAAAGUAUUUUAAUAAUAGUUAUGUAUAUAGAUUUAUACUGGAUUGAGUUCAAAAUUAAAACUGGUUUAACUAGAUAAUCGAAAAACUAAAUUAAAUUCACAUUUAUUUAACAACAGAUAUCAAAUUAGUAAAAUAAGAAAGAUUUUUUGUUAUCUACAUAAAUAAUACAUUAUUAUCUAUGGUUAUUUCCAAGAUAGACUCAAAGUUCUGAUAAUAAAAUAUUUGAUAAGUGUUUAUAAUACCGUGCACGAACACUAGAGCACUCUAGAGUCCAUAAUAUACCGUGGUUAUUGCUGAUCUCACCACCAAUCAAAGAACACGUAUGCAAUAUCAAUGACGACAUGACGUCGCGAUUUGAUUUUGUUCACAAAUUAUUAUCAGUAGCGUUACAAUUAUCUCACCUAGUCAAUUUCAAAUAGAAAAGGCUUAUUGCUAUAUGUGGGCAGUUUAAAUGUUUGACAUUGUAACAGCGAUUAAUUCACAACAAACAAAAUGAUACCGUCGAACAAGUAUUCAUUAACUGUAAUUUUAUUUUAUUCGUACUUUAUCUAUUUGGUAAAUUCUAUUGAAUUGACUUUUGAGCUCCAAGAUAAAUCAAAAGAUUGUUACUAUGAAAACAUAGAGAAAAAUACGUCAACUACAUUAGAAUACCAGGUAUAUAAUUGGAGUUAUGUGAUCAAUUAAUGCAUUUUGCUAAACGAUCUAAUUGUAUCAAUUUUUAUUUCAGGUUGUAACUGGUGGCCAAUAUGAUGUAGAUGUGAUAAUAGAGUCACCGACUAAAGAAAUCCUUUAUAGACAAGUGAAAUCACAAUUUGAUAGUCAUACAUUUGUAGCACCAGUUAGUGGCCCAUAUGCCAUAUGUUUUAGCAACGAAUUUUCAACUUACUCACACAAACUUGUAUACAUGGAUUUACAAGUUGGUGAGGAAGAACCUUUACCUGGUAUUGGAGAACAAGUUACUGUUAUGACUCAGGUAAAUCAUUUAUCCACUGCUCUUCUUGACAUUCUAUAAUUUAAAUUAAUUUAUAUAUUUUGAUUUUAGAUGGAAUCAACAUCACAAGAUAUUCAUGAAAGUCUAAACAAAAUUAUUGAUUAUCAAACUCAUCAUAGAUUAAAAGAAGCCAAGAGUCGUAAACGUGCUGAAGAUCUCAACCACCAUGUUACAUUAUGGUCUGCUGCUGAAACUGUUGCUAUAUUAUUAGUAGCCAUUGGGCAAGUAUUUUUUUUAAAACGAUUCUUUGAAACAAAAACACCUUCACAAAUGCAAUAUAGAGCAAUGUAUUAAAUUGAGUUUAAAAACGUAUAUUAUAACUACCAUUAUAAAAAUUAUAUUUAUUGUAUUUCUCUGCAUACUCUGUUGGAAUAUGUUUACUUGAGACUAAUUAUUUGAAAUAUAUUGUUUGUGUUAGUUUUUUUUUUCUAGUUCAGGAUUUUACAAAAUGUAUUAAUUAUCAUGUAAAUAUAAGUUAAAUGAAUAAUGAGUGAUAAUAUUAAAAUGCAAAUAAUUCACUAUAAUAGUCUACAUAAACUCAUAAAAGUGAUUAAGUUAAUCUGCCUAAUUGUUCAUUAAAUUUGAAUAACGAUAAUAUUAUAAAUACUCCUUUAUGUCGUGUUGUGUUAACAAACCCAGUUACCCAUCAUUAAUCGUAUAGCAUUUGUAUAUCAAUAAAAAUUUGAUUAUUGUUUAAUUUAAUUUAAUCAUGUAUUUUAUAGUUUAUGAAAUCUUCUUAAGCUAUUUAUCAGAGGUGGGCAGUACCUUAAUUACUUUUAUAUCUUGUAUCUUUGAUCAUUAUUUUUGGUAGUGUGUGAAUAGAUACAAAUAAAGAUACAUUUUGAAUACAAUUUAUUCAAAUUAAUUUUAAAUUUUUAUUGACAUUUUCUAAAAACCAUUAUAAUAUAUUUUGGUAUUUUGUUGAAAAGAAAUAAUAUUGAAAUCAUUUACAUUUUAUAUUUUAAAUUAAGAUCAGUGAUUCUCAAUCAAGUAUCACAUUGUUGAUAAUAUUAAGUACUUAAUAUUUUCCAUAUUUUUAAAAUUAUACAAAAUAAAAUAAUCCUAAUUUUUUUUUUUUACAAUAAUAAUUUGAUUACUCAUCAAUUAUGACUUUAUAAAAUCAAUAAUUAAUAUGAUAUAAUAGUGUAUUAAUACUUUAAUACUUAUAUUUAAAGGUUAAAAAAAAUAUAGGUAUCUUAUAUCUGGUAGGUAUCCUAAAUAUCUAAUAUUUUUAAGUAUCUUGCCUAUCCCUACUUAUAUAAUGGUCAUUUCAACUGUAUAAAUAUUAAAAAUCACAAUAUUUUUUUUAAACUUCAUAAUCAGCCACAUUAUUUUAAUUUAAUUAUAAAUGUUCCUGAUGUAGUUUGAUAUAUUAUAAUAACUUAUACAUAUUAUAUUUAAAUAAAAUAUCAUUCACUCUUAUUAUGUUUACGGUUUUAUUAUUUUUUAUUAUAAACUAGUUGUGUUAUGAUGUUGCCCAUUUUAAAUGAAUUUACUGUGGUAUCUGUGUAACCAAAGCCGGGUAAAGGUGGGACAAUGGGUACCUUUGCCCUUUAGCAAACAAAUGUGUAGUAAUAAUAAGUAAGAAGUGUUGUAGCCAGAGGGAGACUGGAGGCAUGCCCCCCAAACAUCUUUUCUUCUUUAUAAUGCUGUAGUGCAAUUUACAUAAAUUUGUUAUAUUAAUAAAAUACAUUAUUAGUAAUACUAUUAUAAGUAUUAAAUACAUAUAUAUAUAUAUUUUAUAUUAUUAUAUGUAUAAGUUACGUAUAUUUAUGAGUGGCCAACUCCCUAU